GCAUACUGUUCUUUAUGUAGGACACCUGUAAAAUUGAUAAUUGCUUCUUAAAAAAGCUGUUACUCUUUAUACAUCCUGUUGCAUUCUUCUUAAUUUCUAAUGAAAUAAUUUAAAUGUUUUCCUGAUGCCUUUGUCUUUUUCUCAACAGUUUCCAAAAUCUUGUUAAUGUGAUGGCGUAAACUAGUAAAAAGAUACUUGGAUUACAUCAUGGAUAUCAGCAACAGUGACUGAUAUUAUUCAAGUGGCACAGUGAGAGUCUGCUGUAUGAAAUGUCAGAAGUUUAUAUUUCUUCUAGUUUUGCAAUGGUUUCCCAAUGAGUGGAUCAUGAUGAACAUACUUUAGGGACUUGCCAUAGUAUGGCUGCUUCUCGAUCUACUCGUGUUACAAGAUCUACAGUGGGUUUAAAUGGUUUGGAUGAAAACUUUUGUGGUAGAACAUUAAGAAACCGUAGUAUUGCUCAUCCGGAGGAAGUUUCACCCCAUCCUCAAAUACGGUCAAGGUCACCAAAGAAGAGGCCAGAGUCUGUGCAAACUCAGAAGGGAAGUAACGGUGGAAGAACUACUGAUUUGAAACAACAGAGUGCUCGGGAAUCAUGGGUGAGCCCUAGAAAGAGGGGGCUGUCUACUUCAGAAAAAGAUAAUGUUGAUAAACAAACUGUGGAAAAUUGUGAAAAAAAACAAGCAGAACCUGUUUCACCAGUUUUGAAAAGAAUUAAACGCUGUCUACGUUCAGAGGCACCCAACAGUUCAGAAGAAGACUUGCCUACUAAAACAGAGAAGGAAUCAUUGGAGCAUAAAAGCUUAGUGUCGGACAAUGAUGCAGUCUCCACAGGGACUAAGCGAGCUUGUCGAUGUCUUAUAUUGGAUGAUUGUGACAAAAGGGAAGUUAAAAAGGUGAAUGUUUGUGCAGAAGGAUUUAAUAAUUCUGCAAUAGUUGACGAGAUUGCAGGUUAUCAGACUGUUAAUGGAGUUGGUGAGAGAGACUCAAAUUCUCUUAACUGUGAUGACUGUCAGCUUGAUGGGAACACUAAGCAACACAGUGCUGGUUCCUGUAUGCCCAAGGACAAAACAGUAGCAGAAAAUGGAAACUCAUUUGCCCAUUCUUCGUUGUUGCUUAAUAGCAGCAAGGAGGACAGUGCUGUAGACCAUUAUGUGCCUUGCACAAACUCUCAAGAACAGGUAAAGUUAGAGGACCACAAAAUAAUAAAUGACUGCUUGCCUGAGGAGCAUGCUAAUCAGGCAGAUGAGCCAGCUACAGGGUCCUUUUCUGAAAUCCAGUCAUCUUUGUUAAGGGAUUCGGAGGAGGAGGUAGAUGUUGUAGGAGAUAGUAGUGCCUCUAAGGAACAGUGUGCUGAAAACACCAAUAACAACCCGAAUACUCAUCAUGACAGUGCAUCAAUCUCAGGUGAACCUGAACCACAUUCUUCAGUGCUGGACUGUGUUUCAGCUCAAAUGACAUCUAUGUCGGAACUUCAAGAACACAGAUACACAUUGAGAACUUCACCACGAAGGGCUGCCCCUGCCAGAAGUAGCCCUACUAAAAAUAACUCUCCUUGUAGAGAAAACGGACAGGUUGAGGAAAAUAAUCUUAGUCCCACUGAAAAGAAUGUACCUGUAGGUAUUAAUAAUAUCAAUGGAUCUCCUAAAAAGUCUGAAGAAAUUAAACAGAAUGAAAAAGAGAGAAGUUGUAAUACGGGAGAUCAUGGGAGUGAUGGACUAAGAAAGCCACUUUCUGAGGCUAGGCUUGUUGCUGGAUAUGUACCAUCUGCCAAAGAGAGUGCCAACAUCCACACUGCAGAGGAUGAUGAGGAAGAGCCUGAUGUGUAUUACUUUGAAUCAGAUCAUGUGGCAUUGAAACACAACAAAGAUUAUCAGAGACUGUUACAGACGAUUGCUGUACUCGAGGCUCAACGUACUCAAGCAGUUCAAGACCUUGAAAGUUUAGGCAGACACCAGAGAGAAGCACUGAAAGAUCCUAUUGGAUUUGUGGAAAGACUCCAGAAGAAGGUUGAUAUGGCUCCAUAUCCUCAGAGAGUUGUUCAGCUCCCUGAGAUUGCCUGGGACCAAUACACCACUAGCCUUGGAAACUUUGAGAGAGAAUUCAAAAACCGAAAACGUAACAGUAGGAGAGUGAAGCUGAUUUUUGACAAAGUAGGUAUACCUGCUGCAAGACCAAAAAGUCCUUUGGAUCCCAAGAAGGAUGGAGAGUCUCUUUCAUACUCUGUCUUGCCUUUAAGUGAUGGUCCAGAAGGUUCUACAAACAGUCGUCCACAGAUGAUAAGGGGACGACUUUGCGAUGAGACCAAACCUGAAACUUUUAACCAGCUGUGGACUGUAGAGGAACAGAAAAAACUUGAGCAAUUGCUUCUGAAAUAUCCACCAGAGGAAGUAGAGUCCCGACGGUGGCAGAAGAUAGCUGAUGAACUGGGAAAUAGAACAGCAAAGCAGGUUGCCAGUAGAGUGCAAAAAUAUUUUAUUAAACUGACUAAAGCUGGUAUUCCAGUUCCAGGAAGAACUCCAAACUUAUAUUUAUACUCCAAAAAGUCAUCAAGUAGACGGCAGCAUCCUUUAAAUAAACAUCUUUUCAAACCUUCGACUUUCAUGACAUCUCAUGAACCUCCAGUUUAUAUGGAUGAAGAUGAUGACAGAUCCAGUUUUCACAGCCAUAUGGAUACUGCAGCAGAGGAGGAAGUAUCGGAUGAAGAGAGUAUUCCAAUAACAUAUCGAGAGUUACCUGAAUACAAAGAACUGUUAGAGUUUAAAAAACUGAAGAAACAGAAACUCCAGCAGAUGCAUGCAGAAAGUGGAUUUGUGCAGCAUGUGGGAUUCAAGUGUGAUAACUGCGGAAUUGAACCUAUCCAGGGUGUUCGGUGGCACUGCCAAGACUGCCCUCAAGAAAUGUCCUUGGAUUUCUGUGAUUCUUGUUCUGACUGUCUGCAUGAAACAGAGAUUCAUAAGGAAGAUCAUCAGUUAGAACCUAUUUACAGAGCAGAGACAUUUUUAGACAGAGACUACUGCAUGUCCCAGGGCACCAGUUACAAUUAUCUUGACCCAAACUACUUUCCAGCAAAUAGAUGACAUGGGAAGCAGAUCUACCAUCUUGGGCUUACUAUCCUCUUUGAAAAAUAACAAUGGCACCAUUGUUAAUUCUGUGCACAUUUUGGAAAGACUCUGCUUUCCCUGAAAUGUCGCUCACAGCAUGACAGCUUCCUGGGUGUACUUGUCAAACUACAGCUUUGAGCUGUCAUGGUUCUAGAUCACUGAACAGCAGCUGAACAUUCCUAGUGUGCAGAAGGUUUCACUGGGAGACUUUUCUUUCACCACAUUAGUCAUUUUUAGGUGGUGAAUCUAAACACAAAAGAAAAACAUACAAAAGGGUGAGCCAGAAAUGAGAGCACACAUUAAAGAGAGAGUAAAUUCCAAAGGCUUUGAAGAACUUGGUUAUAAUGAGAUCCAGAGGAGAUGAAGUAUUUAUAUAAAAAGUUUAGUAGCUUGCAGUUUUGUUGUGAAAUAGUUUUCAGCACAGUAACUGACUUCUUUAGGCAAGGUUUUAACCAAUGACAGUGUUUGCUUCUAGGAUGUACUCUAAAAAAUACUCACUGUCUCAGCGAUGGUUGGUUACAGGCCUUUAUUAAAUCGGAGCUGCUUAAUCACAUUGACUUUCAAUUUUUUUAAUUUUUUUUCUUUUUUUUUGUUUUUGUUUUUUUAAAACCACGAUGAACUCUAUUUACCAACAGUGAAGCACUACAGGGGGCAACUGUGGCAUUGCUUCCUUAACCAGCUCAUGGUGUGUGAAUGUUAUAAAAUUGUCACUCAGAUAUAUUUUUUAAAUGUAAUGUUAUAUAAGAUGAUCAUGUGAUGUGUACAAAAUAUGGUGAAAAGUGCCAGUGGUAGUAACUGUGUAAAGUCUCUAAUACUCAACAUUAACUCCUUCAAAAUAAAAUACACAGCCUUCUGCCUCUGUAUUUGGAGUUGUUAGUGCAACUCAUCAAAGAAAACUGCCUAAUAUAAAUCAUAUAUAUGGUAAUAAUUUUUCCUCUUUUGUAGUCUGCACAAGAUCCAUGAAAGAUUGUAUUUUUAUUACUAUUUAAACAGUGAUUAAAUUUAGCCUGAGCAGUGAGCAAGGGUUCACAUGCAUUCUUUUAUACUGCUGGAUUUUGUUGUGCAUCAUUUAAAACAUUUUGUAUGUUUCUUCUUAUCUGUGUAUACAGUAUGUUCUUAAAUAAUGUUCAAUUGUCAGGAGAACUGUGAGAAAUAAACUAUGUGGAUACAG